GGUUUGCUAAAUGGCAAGAUUCAAUUCCUUGUUAAAAGAAAUUUGUUAUUAAUUAAAAACAAGUGUGGUCGUUGAGCCCAACACUCUUCCCAUAGGAGAAGCCGCCCAUUUUUCCCCAACGAAAAAAACGUCUCUCUAAUAGCUACAUUAACCUGUUUUCUCCUGCAAUAUUAGCUUUUGCUUUAUUGAUGAUAAAUAGUUAAAAUGAUGAAUGAAAUGGAAGAUGAGAACAGUUCCGUGGACUUUGACAUGCAAUUGAUAGGGAAUUUCUUGAGUUUCGCAUCAAGAGGAGAUAGGAUUGGACUGAAUCAGAUGUUGAGAGCUGGUACUUCUCCUAAUGUUCAAGAUUAUGAUAAGAGAACUGCUUUGCAUCUUGCUGCUAGUGAAGGCCAUGCUCCUAUUGUUGAGCUUCUUCUUCAUUACAAUGCUAAUGUCAAUCUCAAGGAUCGCUGGCAACGCACUCCCUUGACAGACGCAAGACUGUAUGGACAUAGGGAUAUAUGUAGAAUUCUGGAAGUACAUGGAGGCAAGGAUUUUAUCAAUGAUCAACCAAUGACAGUUAGACAUGAACAAGACUGCAACGAAUUGAAUUUCGACAUUUCAGAACUGAACACAAUUCAAUCAUCAACAGUUGAACAGGGGGUGUAUGGUGAAUCCGUCAAGGUCAAAUGGCGUGGAACGUGGGUUGUUAAAACUGUGAUUAAGAGUCAGAUUUACCUUCCUGAAAAAAUGAUUUUGUCCGCCAAGGAUAACACUCUCUUGCGAGAACUUCGGCAUCCUAACAUUUUGCAGUUUCUUGGUUCGAUUGUUCAUGGGGACGAGAUGAUUCUGAUUACUGAGUAUCUUCCAAAAGGGAAUUUAGAUGAUCUUUUGUCCAAAAAAGGACGACUUGACCUGCCUAUUGCUCUACGUUAUGCGCUUGACAUUGCUAGGGGAAUGAAUUAUCUUCACGAGCACAAGCCCUUGCCUAUAGUUCAUAAUCAUUUGGAUCCCAGAAACUUGUUACAGGAUGAAGCUGACCACUUGAAGAUUGGAGAGUAUUGGGUUCAAAUGUUGUACAAACAAAUUCAUCCAAACCAAGACAUGCGCCAAAGAAAGGAUGAUCCCAGCAGCACCAGCAACAAAUCAAACGACACCAGGAAAGAUCUUUGCAGCUUUGGACUUAUAUUUUAUCAGAUGCUAGAAGGAAGACACCUGAUGACCAACAUGAAGACUGAUUUCAUGCAUCUUAAAUCUGUUGAUUUUUAUCCCAAGUUUCAGAUAAGCCGUUGUCCUAAAAGAAUUCAACAACUGAUAGAAGAUUGCAUAAGCAAAGAUCCUAAUCCAAGGCCUUCAUUUGGUGCUGUUAUAGAAAUUUUAGAAGAAGUUUCCACCAGUCUAGGGAGAGGUGCAUGCCCUGUUUGCUAAGUCAGUUCAUAAUGUUGUUCAGGAUGCAAUAGUUACUUGUACAUUGUGCCAUAAUUGGUUGUACAAUUCUGAAUAUGCAAACGGACAGCCCAAGCCCAAGCGCAAACCCAACUGCUUGACUAAUUAAGGCUUUUCUGCUAGUUCUAAGUUAUAGAUUUUUUUGCGUUUCCUUUCCAAGGAAUUCUCUCUCAUUUCUAUUAAAAAAUAAAAAUCUCUCAUUUGACUUUUUUUU